AUGUCCGACCCAAGUCAUAAUGUCCACCAGGACUUGCUGCCGCAUGUCCACCUGAUUUCGACAUUCCGCUAUCCUUUGAUGUCCAGGGUCGAACUCAACGAUGUGACAAAAUGGUUGAUGCAGGCUCCCAGCAUCGCCCGGGAUAAGGCGCCCUUCUACUGGACCUACCUCGAUUGCCCCGCGGACAGCACCAUCUUUCUCAUGUGGCAACCGACUGCCCGCCGCGGAAACGAGUUCUCGAGCGACGGAUACUACUGGGCCUCUCCUGAGGUUAUGCUUAGCAACCCCCUUAACAAUGGUUUGGUUCUUGAGAUUUACUUCCAAAAGUGCGGCUGGCGCGCCGGCGAGCAGAUCACCAUGCACUCUCGAAGACGGUUUCGCCUCGCUCACGCCCGUGAUGCCCAGGUCACGAACCCCCCCCAGAUCGACCCGAAUCUUUGGAUUGUUCACUACGGCCCGAGCGAGAAUCAAGACAGAUACCCCACCGGUUCUUUUGGCGUGCCGCCUCAAAUACAGUCGAUCAUGAACAACCGUCAACACCUUUUUCAGCUGGGGCAGAUUGUUCGCAAGGAGUUUAUGCUGUCUGAUCGCGUCAACUGGCCGCAGAUUCCCUUCCCUCAGCGCGGACAGUCGAUUUAUGUGCCGCCAAUGCAACAGCAGCCAAUGAACACUCGGACGGCAUAUCUUGGUGGACCGGGCGGACCUGGCCAGCCCCCGUCUAAGAGACGGGGGCAACAGGCCCAGCCGGGACACCCGAUGGGUGCUGGGUAUCCGAGUGCUGAUGGGGCGCUGGAUGAUGAUGAGGAUGUUCAUCGGGGUGAUAUGUUUGAUCACUUGAGUCCUCGGGAGAUGAGCAUGCAUCGGUACCAGCAGAAUCAUGAGUGGAUGGAGGAGAUUUUGUCGUCGCCGUAUCGGAUUGGGCAGCUGGAGGUUUCUGAUCUUGGGCUUGGGAAGAAGGGCGCGCUCGCUUCGCUUACGGAGGGGAUUUUUGAGGCGCAGAGUGGGGAUGUUUUGGAGCAGUUGCCUAAGAAGCCUUAUACCGGGCGUCUUGAGCCGGGGUUGGCUGACAAGAUGCGGGAGAGAGCUCAGGCCAAGAUUGCGGAGGUUCAGGCCGAGAUUCAGAAAUUGAAGGCGCAGCAUGAGAAGAGGAUGGGAGAGUUUAAGCAGAAUACUGCGAUUAGGGAUGCUGAGGCUGAGCUGAGGGCUGCUACGCAGGGGGUGGGGAGUGAGCCCUGGCGGCUUGAGGGGAGAGUGGAGGGUGAGGAGGAGGAGGAGAGCUACAACAAGAAACCAUCCCGGUCGAUCGAGGAGAUUACGGCUGAUGUUGAGAAGCUGCUCGGCACCAAGGCGGUCACUGUCCCUGAAGUCAGCAGGGUUCAGGAUGGUGGUUAUCAACAGCUUGCUCCUGAGCCGGAGAUUAUCGCGCCACCGCAGGGGCUUGUCCCCGAGGCGGUUGGGCUUUCUCGCGACCCGUCACACAAUGGCUCUCAGGCUAGCGGGGUUUUGAUUGGGGAUAGUGAUAUCGACAUGGGCGGCACGGCGGCUGGUUUGCUGGAUCAGAUGCACUCUGGGUUUUCGAGCACGUCUACUCCUAUGAACAGUUUUCCUACUCCCCAACCGGGGGGGUUGUCGGGUACGGGGUCAGAUGUUGGCCACCCAUCUCCCAACCCUAAUACUGUUACUUCACAGCCUGCUGGGGGGGAUACAAAGAUGGAGGAUGCUGGUAAACUGCAACAACCACAACUCCCGACGACCACGGCCACGGCACCGGAUCAGGGGACGGGAAGUGGGGAGUGGGUUGUUGUUCAUCCUGGGGGAGGUGCUCCUUCUUCCACGACGACGGGAGGGGGGAUCAUCCCGCCUAGCAAACCGCCUUCUGCUGCGCCGACGCCGGGGAUGGGUGUGGUAGGAGGAUCGGGGUUUGGGGCGAGUCCGGACGGGAACGACUUUAGUUCGAUGGGAGAUCUGGACACGGCGGGGGAUGCGCUGGCUAGUUAUGAGAGUGGGAGCGUGGGGGUUGGAGGUGGGGAGGAGGGGGAUGAUUUGGUGAUGGAUGAUGACAUUGGGGGAGGGGCUUUUGGGGAGGCGUUUCAGGAGGGGUGA